UUUCCAUCAAGUUUAAUUAGAGGCAGCUUUUUAUAACAUUAGCUGAUGAAGAUGUUUGUUGAAGUUGAGAGAGAGAGGAGAGUGGGCUUUCAAAAAGUGAAUUGAAAGACCUCAAUCAACAAAGAUGCUUUCCCUUUGAUUUUAGUAUUUCUUUUUGGCACGGUUGUAUUUUAGUAGAUUCUAUAAUGCUCACCGACAUUGACCUCUCCGCCCUGCCGGAGCCCUCCUUCUCCUACUGCGACACCACCAAGCGCAAGCGCCGCCCCGCCGGAACCCCAGAUCCGGAUGCGGAGGUAGUGUCGCUGUCGCCGAAGACGCUGCUGGAGUCGGACCGGUACGUGUGCGAGAUCUGCAACCAAGGGUUCCAGCGGGAUCAGAACCUGCAGAUGCACAGGAGGAGGCAUAAGGUGCCGUGGAAGCUGCUGAAGAGGGAGACGCCGGUGGCGCGUAAGCGCGUGUUCGUGUGCCCGGAGCCGAGCUGCCUCCACCACAACCCCUGCCACGCCCUGGGCGACCUCGUCGGGAUCAAGAAGCACUUCCGCCGCAAGCACAGCAACCACAAGCAGUGGGUUUGCCACAAGUGCUCCAAAGGCUACGCCGUCCAGUCCGACUACAAGGCACACCUCAAGACCUGCGGCACCCGCGGCCACUCCUGCGACUGCGGCCGUGUCUUCUCCAGGGUGGAGAGUUUCAUCGAGCAUCAAGAUGCUUGCAGCAUGGGGCGCAUUCACCCGCCGCCGCCGUGCUUAUCGCGGACGGCGUCGAGCCCUAGCCCCUCCAGCGACACCAAUCUCAGCGCCCGUCCCCCAAACCUCCAACUCCAGCUCCUCACCAACAAGCUCGACGAGGACCACUCGACUCAGCUGCAGCUCUCAAUCGGCUCGUCCGAGAUCACCGGCGACAAAUCCGAGUCUCCGCGGGGGAGCAGCACGGCCGGCGAUCAGUUGAAGGAGCAGCUGCGGAUCGCGACGGCGGAGAAGAGCUACGCGGAGGAGGCGCGGCAGAUGGCGAGGCGGCAGAUGGAAGCGGCGGAGCAUGAGUUCGCCAACGCAAAACGGAUCCGGCAGACGGCUCAGGCGGAGCUCCAGAAGGCGCAGGCGCUCAGGGACCACGCCACCAAGAAAAUCAACGCCUCCAUGCUCGAGAUCACGUGCCAUUCCUGCAGAUCGAAAUUCCAGCAAGCGUUGUUUGCUGAGUCGUCGUCUUCGCGUGUUGGAUUGGAUUUCAUCUCGUCUGCGCUCAGAGAUUGGGAAGUGAAGAAAGCCAAUCAAUAAUACUAGUAGGAGUAAUAAUUUUGAGGGAAGCUUUUUGCUCAGGAACAAUAAUGUGAAAUUUAGAGGGCAUUUUCACUUUUUAUUACCUGUCCAUUUCUAUUGGCAAAAAAGAUGAGAUGUCUAGCCAUUCAUCAGAUUCGCAUUAAUAGCUCUUCUUCUGCAACAAAUAUUUUCUUACUCAUGUGUGAUUAUUAGUAUU